CCCGUGUCCCCACUAGGUGGCGGAAGGUGCGCAUCUUAACCAGUUUGACAGCCACCAAAAAGAAAACAGAAGAAGAAGAAGUAGCCUGAUCAUGCGAACAUCUCCAGAAUGGGUACCCAAGUGAAAGAUGUCAUCAUUAAGCCUGACGCCCCCAGCUCUUUGCUGCUGGACAAACAUGCAGACUAUAUCGCUGCCUACGGCUCCAAAAAGGAUGACUAUGAGUACACACUGUCAGAGUACCUGCGGAUGAGCGGCAUCUACUGGGGGCUGACGGUGAUGGACCUGAUGGCGCAGCUGCCCCGGAUGAACCGGCCGGAGAUCGUAGACUUCAUCAAAUCCUGUCAGCACGAGUGUGGAGGCCUCAGCGCCAGCAUCGGACACGACCCCCACCUGCUCUACACCCUCAGCGCCGUGCAGAUCCUGUGCUUGUACGACAGUGUGGAUGCUCUCGAUGUGGACAAAGUGGUGGAGUACAUCAAAGGGCUGCAGCAGGAAGACGGAUCAUUUGCAGGAGACAAAUGGGGAGAAAUAGACACCAGAUUUUCCUUCUGUGCUGUUGCGACACUUGCUUUACUGGGCAAGAUGGACAAAAUAAAUGUUGACAAAGCUGUGGAGUUCAUCCUGUCCUGUAUGAACUUUGACGGGGGUUUUGGCUGCAGACCGGGUUCAGAGUCUCACGCUGGUCAGAUCUACUGCUGCGCCGGCUUCCUGUCGCUCACCGGCCAGCUGCACCAGGUGAACGCUGACCUGCUGGGCUGGUGGCUCUGCGAGAGGCAGCUGCCGUCCGGAGGCCUGAACGGACGCCCGGAGAAGCUUCCGGAUGUGUGCUACUCGUGGUGGGUUUUAGCGUCUCUGAAAAUCAUUGGUAGGAUCCACUGGAUCGACAAGGCCAAGCUGCGCUCGUUUAUUCUGGCCUGUCAGGACGAGGAGACCGGAGGCUUUGCCGACAGACCGGGAGACAUGGUGGAUCCUUUCCACACUCUGUUUGGAAUCGCAGGUCUCUCUCUUCUCGGGGACGAGCAGAUAAAGCCGGUGAAUCCGGUUCUGUGCAUGCCCGAGGACGUCCUGCAGAGGGUCCGCCUGCAGCCCGACAUCCUCAGCUAGCCCACGACACCAUCACACACACACCACACACACACACACACACACACACACACACACACACACACACACACACACACACACACACCACACACACACACACACACACACACACACACACACACACACACACACACACACACACAGCUGCCCUGCUGAGAGACAGAGAGAGAGAGAGAGAGAGAGAACCACACCACACCACCCACUACUCAUCUUAGUGUUAACUGAAGUUCACAGACGCAUUCAGAUGCAGGUUUCACUGAGGACAGAGAGUCUGUCUUCACACCCUCACAACUUAUGUUAUCAUGUCACUUUUGUCGGUUUUACUGCAAGAGAACAGUUUGGAAAAGAGACCAUCAGUGCUAAGCUCCAGAAACCAUUAGAAACCAUUCCUUAGAUUUCCGACUUACUCUGUCUGAAGGAAAACAUGUGACUGUUAGAACUGGAAUAUUCUCAUACCUCUCAUUGGCCAGAGACAGAGGCACUGAUUAACUCUGCUUUGUGUGCAUUAAACAAAUGAUCAAGGUAGAUUAUUUUUGACAGAUUAAGACACUUGACUGGUUCUGCCUUUCUUAUGCAUCGACUGUGUCAAAUACAUUGUAAUUGAAAAGUAAAAGCAUCUGAAGGUAAAACUAUCCUUGUCCUGUUUAAACUAGAGCAAAUGUACCACUCCUUUGCUUACAUCUCUUACAAUUGGAGAAGCAACAUAUGAUUUGUUGUGAACAAGUUAGUUAACUUCAGUUUACAGUACUAACAGGAAUAGUCUUUUGCAUAGAUUUGAGGAAGAUGUAAUCUUUUGUCCCUAGAGGUAUACAACAUGGCCACGUCUUUGUCUCUUGCCAAGCACAUUUAACGUCUUAUGCACAAUCUUAGCUACACUAUUUAUUGAAACCUGUGUUACUCAACCCAGAUGUGUGAUGCAGCUGUGGGCAGAGAGUUAAGCCCCCAAACUGUUAAAACAUGAAAUAAAUGUUCGUCUCAAAUGUUGAUGACUUUUAAGCUUCUUCUUAAGUGUACUCCCCCCCCCCCCCCCCCCCUUUCAGUAAUACCUGAUUGUCAUAUUGCUGCACUCUUGUUGUCUUUCUUUGAUCUGUUGUAAGCUAACUGUUCAGUGUUGACAUUGUUACAGAGAGUCAUUAAAUCACUCAUUGAACUUAUUAGUGUGUCCCCAAUUUAAAUGACAAACUGAUAAAUGUUCAUAUGGACAUUGUUAUGCUAAGUUAAUGCUGUGUUAUUACUCAAACAAAUCCAUUUAUUAUUAUCGUCGGGUUUAUAUCACAAUUAUAAAGAAAUUGUAUGAUUCAAAAAGUCAAAACUUUUGGGUAAACUUCUAUUUCUCAUCUCUGUGUUGAGAUGAGCUCUAAUCCAAAAAGCUGCUUACUGUUGCGCAACUGUCUGUGUGUAUAUUCAUGUAACUUGUUAUUUUGGUUGGCAAUAAAUGUAGGAUAACUCCAUCAA